CCUCUUGAGUCUUAAACGUUUCUUACUUGUUCAUCUGGUUAGGGUUCGCAUCAGAUUCUCACAAAUUUUGCUCGCUUGUGCUGUUUCAGUAGAUUUUGUUGAAGAUGACUCAAGACCUUGAGAUGAAAGAUAGCUCCACGCCUACGAACUCUGCUUCUUCACCUGUUCCAUCUACUUUGCAGCAUUUGAAGGAGAUAGCAUCUCUUAUCGAGACUGGUUCGUACUCGAAGGAAGUUCGCAGAAUUGCUCGUGCUGUUCGCCUUACAAUUGCAUUGAGGCGCAAAUUGACAGCGUCCAUUAUCUCAUCUUUUCUCGAUUUUGCUCUUACUCCUGGUUCUGAGGCUCAUGCCAGAUUGUCUGCCUAUCUUCCCAAGGAGGAUGAUCACGAUAUGGAAGUUGAUGCUGCAACAACUGCUAUUCAAACACCGGUGAAACACCUGUUGCCUGAGCUAGAAAUCUACUGCUACCUCCUUGUGUUACUUUUUCUGAUUGAUCAGAAAAAAUACAACGAGGCCAAAGCUUGUUCCUCAGAAAGCAUUGCUUGGGUAAAGAACCUGAACAGAAGAACUCUUGACGUUAUUGCAUCCAGACUGUAUUUUUACUAUUCAUAUAGCUAUGAGCUUACGGGAGAUCUUGCUGAAAUUCGGGGAAACCUCCUUGCAUUGCACAGGAUUGCUACCCUGCGCCAUGAUGAGUUGGGUCAGGAAACACUUCUUAACUUGUUACUUCGUAACUACCUUCACUACAACCUAUAUGAUCAGGCAGAGAAGUUGAGGUCCAAGGCUCCACGAUUUGAAGCACAUUCAAACCAGCAGUUCUGUCGUUAUCUCUUCUACCUUGGAAAAAUUCGGACAAUUCAGCUGGAGUAUACAGAUGCAAAAGAGUCUCUCCUGCAAGCUGCUCGGAAAGCUCCGGUUGCAGCACGGGGUUUUCGAAUUCAAUGUAACAAGUGGGCUGUGAUUGUGCGUUUACUAUUGGGAGAGAUACCUGAGCGGACUGUCUUUAUGCAGAAGCAAAUGGAGAAGGCCUUGAGGCCUUAUUUUGAGCUUACGAAUGCUGUCCGGAUUGGAGACUUGGAGUUAUUUAGGAAUACUGCAAAUAAGUUUGCAACCACCUUCAGUGCAGACAGAACUCAUAAUUUGAUUGUUCGUCUGCGGCAUAAUGUCAUCAGGACUGGUUUGCGCAACAUCAGCAUCUCCUAUUCCCGCAUCUCACUAGCUGAUGUUGCUAAAAAAUUAAGGUUGAACUCUGCAAAUCCCCUUGCUGAUGCUGAGAGCAUUGUAUCAAAGGCUAUUCGUGAUGGGGCAAUUGAUGCGACAUUGGAUCAUGCAAAUGGGUGGAUGGUUUCGAAGGAAACUGGAGAUAUUUACUCCAGUAAUGAGCCUCAGUUGGCUUUUAAUUCUCGGAUCGCCUUCUGUCUUAACAUGCACAAUGAAGCUGUUCGGGCACUUCGUUUCCCACCAAACACGCACAAAGAAAAGGAAAGUGCGGAAAAGAGAAGAGAAAGACAACAGCAAGAACAAGAACUUGCUAAGCAUAUUGCAGAGGAGGAUGACGAUGAUUUCUGAUAAUGAUUGUCUUACCCUUUCAUUUGCAAUCAGGAUCUCUUUUAUUUGCAACUUUUGCUCAUAUUUCCCUUUUGAAGAAUUUCCAUUAUCAUUACCUUUUCAAAAGGUGGAAGUAUCUUACCAUAUUGAAAUCUUUACUGUUUGUUUCCAUCCAUGAUGACAGCUGUGGUUUGUUUCCUUGUUGGGAGAAUUAUGGUUUAGGAUAUGAAGAGAAAAAUUCAAUUAUUUCGGGCCAUGCUAGUGAUUCUGUUCAAAAGUUUGUUAUCAUUCAAAGCUGUUUACUCUGAAGGAUUUACUGAAUCAUAAUGUGAUAAUUU